GGCGGAGUUCCCUUACCCCGAAAGUGGUCACCUCGGUAAUUGAGAUGGGGAAGUCAGAUUUUCUUACCCCCAAGGCUAUCGCGAAUAGGAUUAAAUCCAAAGGGCUUCAGAAGCUGCGCUGGUAUUGUCAGAUGUGUCAGAAGCAGUGUCGGGACGAGAAUGGCUUUAAGUGUCAUUGUAUGUCAGAAUCUCAUCAGAGACAACUAUUGCUGGCUUCAGAAAAUCCUCAGCAGUUUAUGGAUUAUUUUUCAGAGGAAUUCCGUAAUGACUUUCUAGAACUUCUCAGGAGACGCUUUGGUACCAAGCGAGUCCAUAACAACAUCGUCUACAAUGAGUACAUUAGCCACCGAGAGCACAUCCACAUGAAUGCUACUCAGUGGGAAACACUGACUGACUUUACUAAGUGGCUGGGCAGAGAAGGUUUGUGCAAAGUGGAUGAGACACCAAAAGGCUGGUACAUUCAAUACAUAGACAGGGACCCAGAAACUAUUCGCCGGCAGCUGGAACUGGAGAAGAAGAAGAAGCAGGACCUCGAUGAUGAAGAAAAGACUGCCAAAUUUAUUGAAGAACAAGUGCGAAGAGGUCUGGAAGGGAAGGAGCAGGAGGCCCCUGUCUUUACGGAAUUAAGCAGAGAAAAUGAUGAAGAGAAAGUUGCAUUUAAUCUGAAUAAAGGAGCAUGUAGUUCAGCAAGCGCGGCAUCUUCCAAAUCAAGUUCUCUGGGGCCGAGUGCACUGAAGACGCUCGGGAGCACACCAUCAGUGAAACGAAAAGAAUCUCAGAGCUCAGCUCAGUCUAAAGAAAAGAAGAAAAAGAAAUCUGCACUCGAUGAAAUCAUGGAGAUUGAAGAGGAAAAGAAAAGAACCUCUCGAACAGACUAUUGGCUACAGCCUGAAAUCAUUGUGAAAAUUAUAACCAAAAAACUUGGAGAGAAAUACCAUAAGAAAAAGGGUAUCGUUCAGGAAGUAAUUGACAAAUACACAGCUGUUGUGAAGAUGAUUGGUUCUGGAGACAAACUGAAACUUGACCAGACUCAUUUAGAGACAGUGAUUCCAGCACCAGGAAAAAGAAUUCUAGUUUUAAAUGGAGGUUACAGAGGAAAUGAAGGAACCCUAGAAUCCAUCAAUGAAAAGACUUUUUCAGCUACUAUCGUCAUUGAAACUCUGCCCCAUUAGUGAUGCUGAGACCCUGUCCCUGAACACCUUUGUCUGGAAGGUGAAACGGACCCAGCCGAUGCAUUCCGGAGUCUCCACGCUGCCACGUGUGCUGCAGAGUGUCGCCUGCCAUCUCCCCAGAUCCCGACCACCGCCCUUCAAGACACCGAAGGCCUCGAGUGGCACUGCGCGUGCCAGGCGGCUGGGAGACACCUCACCUAUCA